AGGCAAGCCACAGUUCAUCUGUCGAAUCCCACUGGAACUACAUGCGAGAUUCUCCGCAUAGCACCAAGUUUCGGACAUACGAUAUGUCCAUACGCAGCACGUCGGCCGGCCGGAUCUCGCAUAUCAUACACUCGUCAUAAGCUCACCUCCAUGCGUAUGUGAAGUAUACACGACCAAACCCUAAUAAAUCGCAAACAGGGUAUUCCAUUAUUAUCAAAGAGAAAAAAAGCCCAAUUAAAGAGGGGCCAUCCCGAACGAGCUCCUCAGCUCAGCUGAACCAAUUCGGGGAAUCCGGAACCUGACGUCUUUGUCCUAUCUGUCGGUAACGCCCAGCCCCAAAACCCGUGAUCGCGUGCGUGCCAGACAAGCAAGACCAGUUUUCGCAAACAGGCCUUACGUAGCACCCAGCACCGGGCUUUUUAAUUUAAACAUCCGAAGCAAAGCAAACGAAGCCUCGCCACCACCACCACCAUGCUGAAGCGCAUGAACGCGCCGCGGCGCCCGAUCCCCGUCGCCGCCGCCGCCGUCCCCGCGGCUCCUCGCGCGACGACGACGACGACGCCCUCGCGGUGCCCGCCGCUACCCCUCGAGAUCUGGACGCAGAUCAUGCGAACGCUCGUGCACAGCGAGGACCUUCCCGAGCUCUGGAUGGGUCUGCGCCUCCUAUCGCACACGCUCAAGGCGGCGCUCGAGACGGCGUUCGUGGACGAGCACCUGACGCGGCUGCGCGGGUGGCUGUACGUCGGGGACCCGCAGACGGACGCGCGGCGGCCGUGGAACAGCAGCCAAGCGGGCGCGGGCACAGCGAAGCGCAUCGUGCCGCUGCAGCUCGUGCUCUCGCGCUUCUCGCCGGACCGGCGCCGCGCCUACUUCGUCUCGCUGCUGCACCGCAACGACCCCUCCCUCAAGAUCAGCCCGCGCUUCGCCGAGUGCAGCGACAACACCGUCGUCGCCGAGUGGCUGCGCUCCGCGCGCGGCGUCCCGCCCCCCGGCGCCGGCCCGACGGAGGGCCGGCUACGGCUGACCAUCGGCCCGGAUUGCGCGUGGACGCAUUGGAAGCACCAUGUCAUCGGCAGCGACGGGUUCGUCGUGGAGAGCCGGAAUAUCACGUUCGAGGACGAGGACGCGGAUGAGUGGGGGAGUGAUGGGAGAGGUGAUAGUGGUGGGCGCAGGGCGCGGGGGAAAGGGGCGCGCGCGAUUGGGCUCGAGGUCGAUCGGACGAAAUGCGAGGUUUCGCUGGAGUGGACGACGUUGGUUAGUUGCGUGUUCGCUAGACCGAGGAAGACUUUCGGUGAAGCGUUUCACGCUCGGUGAGGGUAGAGCAUUUAGGCGUUGGACCCCGCG